AUGUAUCUGGCUCCCAACCGUCUCCAUCGAGUUCGCAACCCCAUUCCACAACUAAACAUUGGGCCCGGCUUUGGCGAGGUUGCUGCUGCUCAGGAUGCCGGAUAUACGGUUGUUACGCUGGAUGGCGGCCCUCAGCAGGUGCAGACAAUGGCGAUCCCAACGGCGACAACCGAUUUGGCUCCCUCACCAACUUUUGCUUCACUAGCUAUAGCCACAACGACACCUAGCGCGACACCGACACUUGGCGAGACAACCACCGGUUCAGGAACUUAUCAAAGGACGGCCCUGUACCACACCUCGACAUAUUUGACCUCGAUUUCGACGACCGCUUCCGAUAGCUUUUCGUCCUUGCCAUCAUUCUCGACUUCUAGCUUAUCCGCGACUUCAGGCUCGUCGUCGAUAUUGAGUUCGCUCAUGACUUCGGACUCACUCUCCACUUCGCUCUCAAUUUCUUCAUCAUCAGCUUGGUUAAGCAGCUCAAGCUCAUUUUCCACCACCAGUUCACUCUCGCCUUCGCCAAUUCUUCUAUUGUCUUCACCUUCGUCCCCAUCACCAUCCAGCAGCAGUCUGCCGCAAACAGUCACCGGGACACGCAAUAGAGCACCCUUCUACACAGCCAUCAUUUUGGGCACACUCAUCAUUAGCGCGUGCGUUCUAACCGUUGUCGCUUUCUGUAUUCGCAUCCGCAAUCGGCGCCGUAGCAAGCUGCAUCCGAUUCGUUGGGACCCAGUGACCCCCUCGACUUCCGAGAACAAACCGCCUUUCUCUUCCGCACGUGAUGCCUCUCUUUCUGGAGAUCGUGACGUUGGAGAACCUAGACGUGCCAACAACACACUUGACCGUCGUGGCUCAAAUUCAUGGGAGACACCAGCCAAUCCAUUUGCAGACUCAUCGCAACCGGUGCAUUUCCGGGACAGCGCGGUAUACAAAUUACCGCCAGCUGCUCCACAUAGCAAUGGACCAUAUCCAACUGCUCGACCACUUCCUGCGCAUCUCAGAGCAACACCGAGCGUCAGCAAUAGUCGAAUUAACAGUCGGACCGGCAGUAUCAAGUCAAAUUUGGCCAGUCCUACCACACUCUGUGUCGCGAACGUUGCUCCUCCUCCCAAGCAACUCCGUAGUGAUACCGAAUUCGACUACCUUGGGGUCCUUCCAGCUCACGAGCAGCGUCCAUCGGUUGGCACGCUCCGCGAAACAGAUUCUCGCCCUCGCUUUAUGUCGCUGGGUGGUCGAGGCUUAGAUGUGCCAUGGCGAAACGACGGUUUCAAAGAAUUGGCCGGGGAAGCAGAGUCAGUGCCAGCUGAAGCAGAGGAAGGUGUGGCUCAAAGCUGGAGAGCAAGUUGGCUCAAUAUAUUACAAAGUGUCACCGGUGCAGGGAAGCAGGAGGAAAAGGGGGACAAUCUCACACCCGCCCCAAGCAUGGUCGGUCGAGAGCGCAGACAAUCUGUCAAUAGGGAGCGAAGGGAGUCUGGGUGGGCGAAGUUUGCUGCUGCAGAAUCCGUUGAAAUGGAUGGGACAGCCCCUAAACCAGACGAUGGUAGUCUCGCUCCCCCUCCUGCCAGAGCUCAAGCUUCUGGCAUGUCUUAUGACAGCGAGAAUUCACGCACUUACUUGCUUGCCAGACCAGGAUCGGCAUUUUUGUCAAGGGCCCAUUCUGGGGCUAGUAGUGUGUACUCUACUGCGUCAGGGAUGCCCCCCACGUCCACUCAUACGCUUAGCUACCUCACGAAUGGUUAUUAUUGA